GUGAACUUCCACCGUUGACUCUUCUCUACUAACCACAAAGACAUUGGCACCCUUUACUUCAUUUUCGGAACUUGAGCCGGAAUGGUGGGAACAGCACUUAGCCUCCUUAUUCGGACAGAAUUAAGCCAGCCCGGACCUCUAUUAGGUGAUGACCAAAUUUAUAACGUAAUUGUCACCGCCCAUGCCUUCAUUAUAAUCUUUUUUAUAGUAAUACCAAUUAUAAUUGGAGGGUUUGGAAACUGGCUAUUACCCCUAAUAAUCGGAGCCCCAGACAUGGCAUUCCCCCGAAUAAACAACAUAAGUUUCUGAUUACUCCCCCCAUCUUUCACACUACUACUCUCCUCAGCCUGCAUCGAAGCAGGUGCUGGAACAGGGUGAACCGUCUACCCUCCCCUAGCCGGAAACCUAGCCCACGCCGGGCCAUCCGUAGAUUUAACUAUCUUCUCUCUACACUUAGCCGGAGUAUCUUCCAUCCUCGGAGCAAUUAACUUUAUUACAACAGCAAUCAACAUAAAACCCCCAGCAAUAUCCCAAUACCAAACACCACUAUUUGUGUGAUCCGUCCUAAUUACAGCUGUACUUCUCCUACUAUCCCUACCAGUACUAGCUGCUGGAAUUACAAUACUACUCACAGACCGCAACUUAAACACAACCUUCUUUGACCCCGCAGGGGGAGGAGAUCCCAUCCUAUACCAACACCUCUUCUGAUUCUUUGGCCACCCAGAAGUAUAUAUCCUAAUUCUUCCAGGGUUCGGAAUAAUUUCCCACGUAGUAGCCUUUUAUUCAGGCAAAAAAGAACCAUUCGGCUAUAUAGGAAUAGCAUGAGCCAUAUUAUCCAUUGGAUUCUUAGGGUUCAUCGUCUGAGCCCACCACAUAUUUACAGUCGGAAUAGACGUAGACACCCGAGCAUACUUUACCACCGCCACAAUAAUCAUUGCCGUUCCCACCGGGGUAAAAGUAUUUAGCUGACUAGCCACCAUCUAUGGCGGCAUUGUUAACUGACAAGCCCCAAUACUCUGAGCACUAGGCUUCAUCUUCUUAUUUACCGUCGGGGGCCUAACUGGGAUUGUCCUAGCCAACUCCUCACUAGACAUUGUCCUCCACGACACUUAUUAUGUAGUGGCCCACUUCCACUACGUACUCUCAAUAGGAGCAGUCUUCGCUAUCAUGAGCGGAUUCACCCACUGAUUCCCACUCUUUACAGGAUUUACCCUUCACCCAACAUGAACUAAAAUCCAAUUUGUAAUUAUAUUUACCGGAGUAAAUUUUACCUUCUUCCCACAACACUUCCUAGGACUAUCUGGGAUACCUCGACGAUACUCGGACUACCCAGACGCAUACACCCUCUGAAACCUAACAUCAUCAAUUGGAUCCUUAAUUUCCAUGGUUGCAGUUAUCCUUCUAAUAUUUAUUAUCUGAGAAGCAUUCACAUCAAAACGAAAAGUGACAGCACUCGAAAUAACAAUAACCAACAUUGAGUGACUUAACAACUGCCCCCCAUCUCAUCACACCUACGAAGAGCCCGUAUUCGCUGUAGUACGACCCAAAUACUAUG